GGAUAUGUGAAGAUCACAGGCUUAGGCCAGCCUGCUAUGCGAUGACGUCCGGGGAGAUGUGCCGAGUGAUACUCUUGUGGCUGCCAGGGCUUCGAAGAUGGUGAAGCGUAGCAGACGAUCGGGGCCAUGCACUCGCUCGCGCAUGUGCUUCUCCUGUCUGGGGCUCCUGGCGGCCGUGCCUUUGGCGGCCACGAUCUGGGGCAACAGCACGUGGUUGGCCCACUUCACGGACCCCGCGGCGAUGCGCGCGGCCCUGCAGCUGGAGGCUUCCGCGGUGGUGGAAGCCGCUCAGGAGCGGGAGCUUGCAAAGGCCAAUAACAGCAAGCUUUGCAACAUCUUCACCCUCUGGGAGUUUUCUAGCCGGCCUCCGCUCUUCAACGUUUUGGCCGUGGAGUCGUGGCGCCGUCAUGCUCAUGGACUCUGCAACGAGCCAGUUCUCAUCAACGACCUUAACGUGCGCAUGUACAUACCAGAUCUUCCAGAUGAGUAUUUUCGCCUGCCCUACCCUGCCGCAAAGUCGGACAUGAUCCGUUACGCCGUGCUGUACCACCACGGGGGAAUUUACAUGGACGCGGAUUUCAUUGUCACAAAAGACUUGGACUCCGUGGUGCAACUGGUUCGUGACGCCGACCUCGUGUCCUACCAAGCAGCGGACUCCGGGAGCUGCGGAGUGAGCUUCAGCUCGAACUUCCUGGGUGGCCGCAAGAAGAGCCCUUUCCACGAGGCGGUGUGGAAGAAACAAAAGGCCGCGGUGUCCAAGCAUUGUCCGCUGGCGGACAAGACGAAGGAGACGGUCUGCUGCUUCGAUGGUGGGGAGCCCUGCCACAUACCCUGGACACAGUUGGGUGAAGGCAUCUCGCAUGCCGUGCUGGCAUCACACCCGGAGUUCUCUUCGCGUUGUUACGGCGGAGACCAGUCCUUCCUUCCGACGGGAUUUCUGGAAGCCCUGGAGAAGUUCAACUCUGAGAAGAGCAAAGCGCUGACGCACCUGGAGUCUUUCGGCGGCUCUCAGCACUUUGAUCGGAUGAUGUACCACAUGUUCAAUGCCAUCCUGAACUGGAAGACUUUGCGCUGCAAGGCUCUUUCAGACAGGUCCACGGUGCUGGGGGAGCUCAUGGCCAGAAGCUUCGAGUCGGGCAACGGCAAGCGGUCACAGCCCGUGGCCACUACGCGGCUCUUCCUGAAGCGGCACCCGGAGUUUGCCGCCUUGGGGGGGGAGGAGGGCUACGUGCCCUGCUGGCAUGGCAAGGCCAAGCCCAAGCCCGGCCUGCCGCGUCCGGACACUCCUGCGCCUGACCCUGUUGCACCGGCGCCAGUGCCAGCGAUCGCUUCACCAGCGCCGGCUCCAACGCCGAGCUCCGCCUGCAAGAUCUUCACCCUGUGGGAGUACGAGAAGGCUCCCCUGUAUGCUCGGCUGAACGUGGAGACCUGGCGCCGCCAUACACAAGGUCUUUGUGAUGAGCCGGUGCUCGUGAAUUCCAAGAACGUCAUGAAGUGGAUUCCGGACAUGCCCAAAGAGUUCUUCAGAUUCCCUUAUCACGCAGCUACAUCGGAUCUCAUCAGAUAUGGCUUGUUGUACCACCACGGGGGCAUCUACAUGGACGCGGACUUCAUCGUCCUGAAGGACCUGUCGCCGGUGCUCAGCCGCCUAAGUGACCACGACUUGAUUUCCUACGCCACGGUAAGCAACCCGGGUGGCGCGUGCUCCGACAGCUUCAGCUCCAACUUCAUCGCGGGACGGAAGGGCAGCGUCUUCAUGAAGGAGAUGUGGCAGAAGCAGAAAUUCAUGAUCACCAAGCAUUGCUCCCUCUCGGACAAGACAAAGGAGAUUGUUUGCUGCUUUGACGACCCCAAGGUGGAAUGCCACAUUCCCUUUGCGGGCAUCGGUGAGGGCACCUCUCAUCCGAUGCUCAACAGCUUGAUUAAGCAGAAGGUCCCUAUGAAGACCUAUUGCUUCGCCGAUGAGGACUCCUUCGUCCCCGACCACUUUGCUUACGUCCUGGAGCAUGUGAAUGACCUGAAGAAGGCGAAUCAAUACCUGGAAGAGAGGAACAUCAAGAAAGGGCUGGACCGAAUGGCCUUCCACAUGUUCAACUCCAUCAUUCCCUUCAAGACCUUUAGCUGCAAGAAGCUCUUCACUCAGGGCAGCACCGUGGGGCACUUGUACCUCACGGCCUUCAGCACCGGAAAAGGCGCUGAGCCCAAGAAGAUGUCCGGCGACGUCAAGGCCUUUCUUGCGGAGCACCCGGACUUCGCCGGCUUCCAGGCGAACAGCGAGGGGGGAUGGCCCUGCAAGGAUGCCCACGAGGCGGCGGUCUCGGUCGCGAAGUUCAGAGCCGCCCGCGGGGACGCUCGGGAGCCGGAGCCGGCCGAGAUGGCAUCGGGUGAGACGCGGCCCGUUGACGAGCGUGGAGCUCGCGAGAGAGCGCGGCCUACGAAGUGCAAGAUCUACACGUACUGGGAGUAUGAGGGCCUUGGUCCGCUGUACCUCCGCAUCAACGUGGAGUCUUGGCGGCGCCAUGCCAAGCAAUGCUCUGAGCCGGUUCUGCUGACCCUCGCCAACGUCCGGCAGCAUGUGCCUGAUCUUCCCGAGGAGUUCUUCCGGUUGCCAUACCCGGAGGCCCGGGCAGACUUCAUCAGGUGGGGCGCGAUCUUCAACAAUGGCGGGAUUUUCCUCGAGCCUGACGUGCUGAUGAAGGAAGACAUCACAUCCAUCAUCGAGAAAAUCGAUGCCAAUGACUUGGUGUCAUCUCAAGAAGAGCCGGGCGAGCAGGAGUGUAGCGAUCAGUUCAAUCCCGCCAUCAUCGCCGGACCCAAGGGCAGCCCGUACUUCAAGGCGGUCUGGGAAGCUCACAAGUCGAAGCUGACAAACCACUGCCCCUUGAAAGACAAAGAGAAGGAAGUCAUUUGCUGCUUCGACGAGAAGGAGAACUGCCACAUCCCCUGGCUGGCAAUGAACCGGGGCAUCGCGCACCCCACCAUCCGCGACUGGCAUCAGCUCUCCUCCGAGAAGAUGACCAGCUUCUGCUUCCAUAAGGGCAGCGCCUUUCAGCCGGCUCACCUGCAGGAGGUGGUCAGAAACCGAUGGGAGAUGCAGCGGGCGCAGCACUUCUGGAAGGGCCACAACGUGCCAAGGCCCAUGGAGAGGAUGCUGUACCACUUCCAGCAGCAUGGGAUGCAUCUCCAGGAGUUGGACUGCUCCAAGCUCUUUGAUGCCAGCACCGCCAUCGGCACGCUCUACUCCGCGGCCUUUUCGGGCGAAGCAGCCCAAACCAUGAGCAGCCGGGACGCUGCAACCAUCAAGUUCUAUGAUGAGCAUCCUUUCAUGAGGAGUGUGAACCAUGUCUUCCAGGACGGCUUGCCUUGCAAGCGCUUCGGCCCUGCUGCGCUGCCCACGCUGUCGCCGGGUUAUCGAGGCAGGGAGUCCUGCCGUAUCUUCACUCUCUGGGAGUAUCCAGACAAAGGAGCGCCGACGUUCAAGAUGCUGAAUAUUGAAUCAUGGCGCCGGCACACGCAUGGCCUUUGCCAAGAGCCAAUCCUCAUCAAUGACAAGAACGUCAAGGAAUGGAUCCCGGACAUGCCGGACGAGUACUUCAGGAUGCCAGCGCCAGCGCCGAAGUCUGACCUGAUUCGAUAUGCCCUUCUCUACCACCACGGGGGCCUCUACAUGGAUGCCGACUUUGUAGCUGUGAAGGACAUGGACCCGAUUGUCGCGCUGCUCGAGACGCACGACUUCAUUUCCUACCAGGAGAAAGGCGAGCCGGGGCAGGUCUGCUCUUCGGCCUUCAGCUCCAACCUGCUGGGCGGGAGGAAAGGCAGCGCCGUGCACAAGUUUAUUUGGGACCGGCAGAAGGAGAAGAUGCAAGGCCGGUGCGGGAAGGUCAUAUCUGGCAACGAGGCAUGCUGCUACGACAGCCCCAAGAAGAGGUGCAACGUGCCGUGGGCUGCGCUGGGCGAAGGCGUUUCUCACCCUGCCUUCAACGAUUUGAUGAGAACAGGCGACAUCUUUGAGACAUUCUGCUUUGCCGACGAGUGGACCUUUGUGCCGGACCACUUCGCCUACUCGGUGGAGCACAUCCCCGCCAAAGCUGAAGCGGUGAAAUACAUGGAGGAGAGGGGAAUCAAGAAAGCUCUGGACAGGAUUGUGUACCACCUCUUCAACGCCAUAACCCCAUUGAAGACCUGGAAAUGCGCGACGCUGCUGGAUCCCAGACGCCUGGUGGGUUAUUUGUACUCCGAGAGCUUUCAGUCCGAGAACGGACGACGCCCUGUGCCAAAGUCGCCUGAGUCAGAUGCCUGGCUGGAGGCCCAUCCAGAGUUUGGCAAGUACCAAGAGGUCUACAACGGCUGGCAGCCGUGCCCCGGGCCUGUGGAGACGACGCCGGAGCCGCCUGCUCCGGACAGCGAGGAAUGCAAGAUCUUCACGCUGUGGGAGUACAAAACGGGGCCGCCCCUCGCGGUGGCCUUGAACGUGGAAGGCUGGCGCCGUCACUCUCAGGGCCGAUGUGGUGAACCGGUGCUGAUUAACGAUGAGAACGUGCAGACCUACCUUCCAGACAUGCCAGAAGAGUACUUCAGAAUGCCAUACUCGCAGGCCAAGUCAGACAUCAUCAGGUAUGGCCUUCUUUUUCAUCACGGGGGUAUCUACAUGGACACGGACUUUCUCGUGGUGAAGGAUCUCGGAGAGGUCUUGGACUUGGCGCAGAAGUACGACCUCGUAUCGUACACAGAUGAAAGCACCGGCGCUUUGGAGAAGGGGGCCUGCUCCAAGCACUUUAGCUCCAACUUCAUGGCGGCCCGGAAGGGCAGCGUCUUUAUGAAGGCGGUCUGGGACAGACAGAAGCAGCUGAUGCAAGCCCAUUGCCCGCUGUCGGAGAAGGAGUUGGAGAAGGUGUGCUGCUUUGACAACGCCAAGGUGCAGUGUCACAUUCCAUGGGCUGGGAUCGGAGAAGGGGUGUCACACCCGGUCUUCGAUGAGCUGGAGGGCGAGGGGACGCCGUUUAGCAGCUACUGCUUCUCAGACGAGAGAGGCUUUACCCCGCCGGACAUGAUCAACAUCCUGGGCAAGACCAAGCUGGCAGAAGCCGAGGAGAUCUGGGGGAAAAUGGAGAAGCCAGCGGCCCGAGAUCCACUCGGCCGGAUCAUGUACCACACCUUCAACUCCAUCAUGCCAUGGUCCGGCUUCUCAUGCAAGCAGAUCUUUGACACCAGCUCAGUGUACGGGAAGUUGAACUACCUCAGCUUCACAACUGGCAGCGGUUCCAAGAGCUUGCCCGCGACGCCGGAGUACAUGGAGUGGCUUCAGAAGAACAAGAUGAAGCGGCAGUUCACGAAGAACCACAACGGCUUGCCUUGCGAAACGUGAGGACGAGCAGCUGGUGGAGGCAGAUGAUAGCAGUUCAUGGUGGCUGAAUGUAUCAAACUCGCAACUGCUGGCCAGAUUGAAUGCAAGAGCGCGCUCAUCGAAAGGGUCUUUCUUUCCAAAGUUCGGACCGAAGAUGCCAGGCAAUCCUGAGAAAAACUGGGGCUGGCCCUAGGCUGAGCUGGCUAUAGAGCUAUAGAGUCAGGCCAUUGCA